UUUAAUUCCUCUCUCUCUCUCUCUCUCUCUCAGUCCUUUAUCUUUCUCAUUCACUCAGAAUAAUAAUACAUUUAUUUACACAAGAAAAUGUGGUAUUCCUCGCAUUUGAUCGUUUUUCUGUGAAUUGGUGUUUUUCUCGAGAAAAUUUUGCGACUCAUGGCAUCCUCGAACAGUUUGGGCAGCAGCGGCGGUAGCCUGGAGCCGUGGGCGUUCCGGUCGGGACCAUUAGCCGACUCCUGGGUUCUGGAAGCUUUGGCCCGAGACACCGAGGCUUCGUUCACCAAAGCCCUCCAGGAUUCGAUCACCGGGAGCCAAGCUCAAGCUGUCGCAGCGGCUCCCGUGUUCUCGGCUUUUGGGGGGGCGACCGGAAGUCCCAGGGGCUCGGCCUCCGAUGCAGAAGGGAUGGGUUCGAAGCGGCGCCGGAGUGAUACUGAUACCCCAGUCAGCGGGGCGAAGAGGACGAAGCGGAAGUCGAAGCGGAGCAGCACGACGACUACGACGUUUAUCGCGGCGGAUCCCACCAAUUUCCGGCAGAUGGUGCAGCAGGUGACGGGCGUGAGGUUCGGCGGAAACGCGCCGGAGCAGGUGGCGCCGCCGAUGGUGGUGAAGCCGGAGCCACAGAGGCCUGCGGCAAAGCGGGUUCUGAAUGGGUCCUACUGUCUACCCACCCUGGACACCUCGGCUUUUGUGCUGGACCACCACCAGCAGUACGAGUACGAGUACCAGUACCAGUACCAGCAGCCGCAGGUGACUAAGGGGGAGGCUCCUUCGGAGGUCGUGGGGGCGACGGAGGGAGAUCAGGCGAUACUGUUGGCUGACGGUGGCAUUGGCUUCGAUUUUGACUCGUUCUCAAGCUUUCCCACUCUGGAGUCUGGGAGAGUAAUGUAA